ACACACGCCCGCUUUCUAGAUUUCAAUCUGGGCAAGCAAAACAUUCACUCCGCGCAUAUUUGUGUAUCGCUAAGUCUCAAGAUGACGGUCAUUCCUGAGCCAUCUGCACCUUCUAUGCAGACGGCCGUUCCUGGUCUGUUAACGAAUGCUACAAAGUUGGAACUAGAUGUCAUCUUUGAUGCCCGAACUACGCAGCUGGUUAUAGACUAUGACAAAAGCUCUGGAAACUACUUGGUCGACAUAGAUGGUAACGCCUAUCUCGAUGUGUACGCCCAGAUUGCCUCGAUCCCCGUGGGAUACAACAACCCCACGCUGGUGAAGGCUGCGCAAUCACCGGCGAUGAUUUCAGCCCUGGUUAACCGUCCAGCAAUUGGCAACUUCCCCUCUCAGCAGUGGCUUGAUCUGUUACGUGGUGGCCUCAUGCGCGCCGCUCCACGCGGAUGCACCCAGGUUUUCACAGCACAGUCGGGAUCCGAGGCCAACGAGCUAGCCUUCAAGGCCGCUUUCAUGGCCUAUCACCGGAAACAAAGAGGGGAUGUGCCCUGCUUCAAGAACUCUUUCCACGGCCGUGGAUUCGCUAGCCUGCCUGCUACUCGCUCCAAGCCACUAAAAUACCCUGUAGAAGAACACGAGCAGGACAACCGUCGUGAAGAGCAGCGCUGUCUGCAAGAGGUUGGGCACCUCAUUGAUUCAUGGCACUGCCUUGUGGCUGGAAUCAUCGUUGAGCCGAUUCAGAGCGAAGGUGGCGAUAACCAUGCCUCACCGGAGUUUUUCCAGGGUUUGCAGGCUAUUACGAAGACUCGUGAAAUUUGCCUUGUCAUUGAUGAGGUCCAGACAGGCUUCGGUGGUACGGGCAAAUUCUGGGGCCAUGAGCAUUGGAAUCUUUCCGCCCCCGCUGAUAUCGUGACUUUCUCAAAGAAGGCACAGACUGCGGGCUACUUCUUCAGCGACAGCUCUCUUCGUCCUGAUAAAGCUUACCGGCAAUUCAAUACGUGGAUGGGUGACGCUGCACGCAUUAUCAUGUGUAAUGCAGUUAUUGAUGAGAUACUCCGCGAAAAUCUUGUACAAAAGACAGCUCGCGUAGGCGACAUUCUCCAUGACAGACUUGCUACUCUAGCCACGAAAUAUCCACAGUUCAUCCAGAACCUUCGCGGCAAGCGCAAGGGAACCUAUCUUGCUUUUGACACGCCCGAUUCCAGCACCUUGUUAAAGGAAAUGCGCAGUCUCGGAAUUAACAUUGGAAGCUGCGGUGUAUCAACUAUUCGACUGCGUCCGAUGCUGAUCUUCAGGGAGGAGCAUAUUUCCCCGUUGAUGGAGGCGUUUGAGAAGGUUUUCAGGUUGAGGCUAUAA